GCUGCAGAGGCGCUGAUCGGUCAGUAGAUCCUCACCUGGAGAGUCCAGCACUGAGAGACCUACAGAGGACAGACCAGAAGAUGAGCAGCGUUAAGGAGGAGUGUGAGGAUAUCAGUGUGAUGGAAGCGACUGGACUGAAGACUGAAGACCAGCAGAUGGACAAAGAGGACUUUUUACAAGAAGACAUCAAAGAGGAGCACGAACUGGAAGUGAAGCCGCUUCAAGAAGAUUCCAGCUCACAGGAAUGUCUUGAAAACUCUGAGCCUGGAAUCAGCUUCAGUGACUCGUCCCACCCGAGAAUUCAUACCGGAGAGGAACUGUUCACAUGUUCACAGUGUGGGGAGAGUUUCAGCUACGAGAGAUCUCUGAAACGCCACCUGGACGUCCAUGAAGGAAAGAGACCUCAUCAGUGCUCUCAGUGCGAGUGGAGCUUCAAGAGCGUAUCACAUUUAAGAGAACAUAAGAAGACUCACAUGGUGGAAAAGCCGUUCGCCUGCUCCCAGUGUGGAUGCAGCUUCAAGCGUUUACCAGAUUUACGACGUCACGAAAGGACUCAUCUUGGAGAUACAGGAGAGAAACCGUUCUCCUGCUCUCAGUGUGGAAAGAGUUACCCG